AACAUUGGAACAUAAUUUUAUCUCUGGCCGCACUACAAUACACCAAAAUGGCGCUGAUGAAAUUUGCUGCUUUUAUUCUAACUUUAAGCAUUGCUUACACACAGGAAGUACACUUUGGAAAAUGCAAAAAUUUUACAACGCAACCAAACUUUGAUGUUAAAAGGUAUGCGGGAGGCUGGUAUGACAUAGAGAAGACUUAUUUUGCUGGUCAGAUGAACAAAUCUUGUGUCAAAGCUGAGUACUCUUUGAGAGAUGACGGUAAAAUAGACGUGCUAAACCAAGAUUACACGGCAGAAUUACACGAAGAAAAUACGACAGGAAUUGCAUUUUACAAAGAUCCAAACGUUAAGUCCAAGUUAACUGUCAAACUGGGAACAUCUCCAGAAGCAAAUUACUGGAUCGUUGAGACAGAUUAUGACACAUAUGCUUUAAUUUGGUCCUGCGCUGAGCUCGAGGGCAUCGCACACGCUGAUAUUGGUUGGAUACUUGGCCGAAAACAAAGACUUGACGAAAAUCUCAUAACGAGGCUAAAACAGAAGUUGACAAGCCUCGGUUUGAAUUAUGAAAAGUUCUACAGAACUAAACAACCUCUGGAUACAUGUCCAUGGUAGUUGUAAUGAAAUAAUUGUAAAUGUGAGAAAUAAAUGUAACAAUCA